AUGUUGAGGAAUAUUCACGGUUCAAAGUUCCCAAGCAAACCUUAUAACGGCUACGCUGAUGACGGUCAUCAAAGCAAUGAUUACAAUGAUAAAGAUGGCGACGCUGCUGCUGCUGCUGACGAUGAUGAUGAUGAUGAUGAUGAUGAUGAUGAUGAUGAUGAUGCUGAUAGUGAUGAUGAAGGUAGAGAUGAUAGUUGCAGUAGCGACCAGAAAAGUUGCUGUUUCAGCAAAUGA